GGGCCACUCAUCGAGCACAUGUUAGCGCAGUGCGUCGAGUACAUCGAACGAGCGAGCACUCACGUUUUGGACCUCGUCACAUAAAGUACUAUUUUAUUGAUUCUACAGGUUUGAAGUAAUUGGGGACAGGCUCCCCUUUGCGUUAACUUAGGCUAGAAGAGCAUGAACUACAUCGGCAAGUUCAUAUCCAACUUCAAGGAUUUCUACAAUGAGAUCAACGCUGCUACUUUAACAGGCGCCAUCGAUGUAGUGGUGGUGCGGCAAGAAGAUGGCACCUUCCUCAGCUCCCCGUUCCACGUCCGCUUCGGCAAAAUGGGCGUACUUAGGAGCCGGGAAAAAGUGGUUGAUAUUGAGAUUAAUGGAGAACCGGUAGAUAUACAUAUGAAGUUGGGGGAGACCGGGGAAGCAUUUUUUGUGGAAGAAUUAGAAGAUGGGGUGGAGAUCAGCCCACUGCUUGGAACCUCCCCUCUACCACCCUCAGUUUUUCAAGAAAAACUCGAAUUAGCCAAGGCUGAAGAAGAAGAAUCAAAAUUGCAAGAUUCUGGGGUGGAUGAAUCUAUUUCCUCUUCUUGUAUGUUACCAAAGAGCAAUGAUACUUCAAAUGAAACAAUUGUUCCUGGAAAUCAAGAUUUGUCAGAAUCUACCUUGCUGUCAGAUACACUUGAGAGUGAAGAAGUUACCACUCCCCUGUCAGUUGAUGAUAAACCUAAGAUUGGAAACAGUGAAAUAGGAGUAAUUCAGAGAGUGAGAAAGCAGAACAGGGGGGAACAAAGGGACUGCCAAACUCAAACUGAGAGUCCUACCAUACUUGGUCCCGUGCUUAGGAAGGGCGAUGGCUUGACAAAAGGAUCUUCUACAAGGUCACUAAAUACAGAGAUAUCAAGUUUCAAGCGCAAUGCAUUAGUAGAGGGUCAAGGAAGUAAAACAGAUGGUGAAGAAACUGUCAAGGUGAGCAAGAGUAAUCGUCGUAAACGUAAGAAGCGCUGCAAUGGCAAGAAACAGCGACCAAAGAGUUCAGGGAGCCAGUCGAGUGAUACUUCAACUACAAGUGAAGUAGCGGAUCUUACAGCCGUCUUGCCUCGAGGGACUGUACCUCGAGUUACAAACCAGGAGGGCAUUUUUGUAAUGGAUGAUAUAGAGUCAACUGAUAAGUCUGGUCCAAGCUCGUCUUCUCCCACCACUAACAUGGCGCAGUCCACUUCAUUGCCGUUGCUGCGUGAAAAAUCCCAGGAUGAAGUAGUAGUCGAGUGGAGCGGGUCUCUCUCGCGAUCAAUGGGUCCAGAUUUCCAUCCCUUCAGUGACACGGACCUUAGUCCUCCCCCAAGCCCUUCCAACUCAAGACCACCAACUCCAAUCAAAUCUGACACAGAGUAUGAGGUAGAAAGACAACGAGAAGAUUUUGCUGAUUGUUCAUCUCAGACAGAUGAAAAUAAGUGGUGCUGGAUGUGGGGAGAAUUGCCAACACCACCUCCUAAGACGCCAACACGGAUAACCAACUCUAAGUCGGAUUCUUCUGCUGGAAAGGUAGAAAAUGAUAAAAUGGGCAAGACCAUUAAAGAUGAAGAUGAUGAGCGAUCUGUGUUGAGCAGUAUGUUUAGCUUCAUGCGGGCCACUAAGAAGGCACGGCACAACCCAGAGAGUGAGGGCAUUUACCUUGAUGAUCUCAACUUGGAAGAACUUGACCCUGAGGUGGCUGCCUUGUAUUUUCCUCGUAACUUCAAAGUUCCAGAGAAGCGGGGCUACAACAGCUACUCCACUGGUGCUCCCAAGGAUGAGGAUGCAGAGUCUGGUAAUGGGCCUUCAUUACCCCAGUCACCUCAUAGUGUGGAAGGAGCCAUUGGUGGCCCCAAGAUAUGCAGUGACUCAGACUUUGAAGACUCAAGGCAUCCCAUUUUUGAUUAUAAGGGCUACCAUGAUAUCGCCUUCUCACUGUGUGGACGUCUUCAUGAGUAUGAGGGGAACUUUCCUGAGAGCCUCUUUCUACAGAGUCUUGUAACCUAUGAUGAUUUUUGUGAGAAUCCACAAAUUCUAGACAAUCCUGACCUAGUAGUGAGGUUUGGUGGAAAGUACCUCAACUGGAAUGCGGCUUCUCCUCAGAUCCUCUCCCUGGUCCUGUUCCAGCGAUCAGUCCCACAGAAAUUAGCAGAUGAACUUGGCAAGGAACACAUGCCCAAGAAGGAAACCAGAAAACGUUCAGAAUCAAAGGGUUACUCUUGGUUUUCAUCUUGGAGGCGUAAUAACCAGACUGAAGACUUAGAAAACAACAAGGAUGCCAAGAACGAUUCUGAGAAAAACGUAACCUCUGACGGUACUAUGGAGACUACCCAACUAUGUAUCCAGAAUCUUCUUCUCCCAAGAUUUUGCAAUCUUGAGCUCCACCAAGGAACUCCAACCUCAGGAUCAGAAGGAAUCACCAAUAUCUCUGAUUCCAACGUUAUUGAAGUGACUGCAGCCGAGACACAAACCAGUUUACCCGGAACUCCUAGGAAGAAGGGAGUUCACAGUCACAAACCAGGAACAGAUUCGUCAGAGUCCGAGGACCUAGAAGAUGGAAAGGAGAGAAAAUUCCACGGAGAACGUUUCAAGAAGAGUUUAAGGCUGUCCUCUGACCAGAUUACCCAACUAAACCUUCGGGAGGGUAGCAACGAGGCACUCUUCUCGGUAACAACAGCUUACCAAGGAACCACUCGCUGCAAGUGUCACAUCUUCUUGUGGAAUUUCAAGGAUAAGAUUGUUGUGUCAGAUAUUGAUGGCACCAUCACCAAGUCAGAUGUGUUGGGUCAUCUUUUACCAAUCCUGGGUAAAGAUUGGGCCCAAAGUGGUGUUGCUCAACUCUUCACAAAGAUUAAGAACAAUGGUUAUCACUUCCUCUACCUCUCAGCCAGGGCUAUAGGUCAAGCACGCAUUACCCGUGAUUAUCUACGAUCCAUCAAACAGGGUGAUCUCUCAUUACCUGACGGUCCUCUUCUUUUGAACCCAACCUCAUUAGUUCAAGCCUUCCACCGUGAAGUCAUUGAGAAGAAGCCAGAAGAAUUUAAGAAAUCAUGUUUGAGAGAUAUUCAGGCUCUUUAUCCCUCAGAUAAAAAUCCAUUUUAUUCUGGAUAUGGAAACAAAAUCAACGAUGUUUGGGCAUAUCGAGCUGUAGGGAUUCCAAUUUCUCGAAUCUUCACGAUUAAUCAUCGAGGUGAACUGAAGCACGAGCUCACACAGACAUUCCAGUCCUCCUCCAAGCCCCUGAAAUUUCCACGAUCAAGUGCAUCACCUUGUCCCUUAUACUCCAACCUAAGUGACAUUUCCAACCACAUGUUCCCCCCAGUGGCUCACCAGGAGACUCUGGGAGAGUACUCCUCUCUCCAGUAUUGGCGGCCCCGUAUGCCAGAUGUAUCUGAUGAAAUAGAAGCUGUCCUUGCCCAAGAAAGAGGAAAAUAACUUCCUUCAAGCUGUAGCUGAAUAUUUUUAAAUAAUUGUUGACAAAACAGGUUACGGGCCUUAGAAGACGGAGUUGCUUGCUUCAAACAUUCCAAAGAAAUGGAGCCUGUUUAUCCCUGAAGAAAAAAUUCAUCUUAAGAGAAGACAAUGGACUUGGUUGUAUUUGCUGAUUACUCAACAAUAGCUAGAAUUGAUUCUUUUUUAUAAUGUACACUAAAACAUUUGUUUUAAUGAAUGUAGUACAGUAUGCAUUAUCAUUUCUCAAAAAAUUAAGAUUUGUGCAGGAGGAAUUACAAUUGACAUCAGUGCAUUUUACAAAGUAAAUGAAUGUUAUUGUAAUUAAAUUUGAUUCAAAUAAUGGCACUUUCCUAUUUCAUGGAGCUACUCACCUCAGGGACUGAUGUUAAGUUAAUGUGACCUGAAAUGUGUUUUGAAUAAUAGUCAUUAUUCUAUUAAGGUACAGUACUGUAAUCUGAGAAGAAAUGUGAGUAUGAGCCAGAUUGAACAUUGUUUAGCCAGAAUGGUAAAUGAUGGGUAUAGUAAAUGGUAGGAAUUUUAAGAAAAACCCAUUCAAACUUGUUUGACUGCCAUUCUUUACACAUUUUUUUUUAAGGAAUUGUGAAAUCAGUGUGACUCAAAUAAGCAGAUGAAGUGCUGAAUAUACAAGGCAUAAAGCCUUCAUCUAGGUAAAACUUAAGUAUUACUGAAAGGAGAUCCAUCUCAUCAUUUGGCCCAUUGUGUUAAUCGCUUGUGAUGGCAUGGGUAAUGAAUAAUAUGACUUCUCCAUAAAAAAACAAAUAGCAGCAUUAACACACAGGCUGUCAGAAAUAGUAAGAUUGAAGUAAAAGGAAAUUGUCAGCCCACAGUUUGGAUAAGACAUCAAUUGUCUAACUUUGAAGUACAGUACUUGUACAGUACUGUAUGUAUUUCACUUUUUCAAGUUGUGGCAGCACAAUAUUCCUCUCAAUAAACUACCUUACUGUUCAAAUAAAUAACAAUUAUUUGUUAUUCAGAUUGGAAAUAAGAAGUGAUUUGCUGUUAGCUGAAAAAAGGAGCAAUCAUUUGUAUGGUAAGGUAUAUCAUUUCCAUUCAAAAUGAGUUUCAUCUUGGGUACAGUCCUAGAAAUCAGUAUUUGUUAAGUUAUUUUCAAUAAAUUAAGGUUAAGUUUAGAAUUCUGCAUAUCAUUUCAGUGUAUGUAGUUCAGGGAAUUAUCAUUAUAUAUUUAUUUUUUGUACAGUUAUAUGUUAUGUCAUCUGUAUCAAUAAUACAUUUCAUUUCACCCAUAGUUUGAAGUUUUAAGUUUCAAACAUUCAUGGCCUCUAUCUGUGAUGUUCUUUUUCAUUUAUGUGUAACAAUUUACCUGUGUAUUGUUUGGUUUUAAUAUCUUAAAUUUAUGAACUUCCUUAUAGCAACCUAACUCCAUUCCCAUCUAUAUGGAGUGCUGCAGGUUCUUUUACAUUCAUUCAAUUUAAAGAAAACCAUAUUUAAGAAUAUGUUUGUUAUUGCUAAGAGCCCAUUCGUAAGAAUUUGACAUUGAUUAUACUGUAUAAACAUCAUCUGUGAUUUAUAUGCAGUCAGAGACGUCUAAGUCGUUCCUGGAAAGUUGUAGUUGGUCGUGUGUGAUAGGAUCCUUGUAGUGCAGUCAACUGUGGUCUGUUGAACACACCCACCAAGGUGCUGUAGCUAACUUGACCUGUUACUUGGCACUAAGUCCUGUUGGUGAAUGUUUAUGAGGCCAGUCACCAUUUCUUACAAGUUAAAGAUUUUUGUCAUUAUCUCUGUUUACAUGGAUGUUUCAACAAGAGUUUGGUGGCAUUUCUUUGAAACCAGUGUUUUUCAAUACUGAAGAUGUAUUCUGAAUAAUUGGUCUUCUUAAAACUACCUUGUUCAAUGAUAUGGAAUUUAUGGCACUAAUUUAGAAGUGUUGAAUGAAUCCAUUAAUAUAUAGAUGUGUUCUGUGUGAGUUGUCUUUUGGCAGUUAAGAAGUUAAGGACCCUCAUUAAAAGUGUAACAUUACAAAAGGAUUUAUUGGGUUACAUUCAGUUAUUCUGUUUUCCUGUAGAAUUUAAAUACCGGUAUUAGUACAUUUUUAAUAAUUCUAAAAAUGUUUAAUGUGAUGAAUAUUGAAUAACAUUGAACUUUUUGGCAAGAUGAAGGAAGAAAAUGGAAGUUCUGUAAUGAGAUGCAUAUUUAGCUUAAGCCAUAAUAAUAGAUUUGUUGAUUCCUCAAAAGAGUAACUUUUAUGCCAGCAAAUAUAUUUAAAGAACUAAACUUUGCCAGAAAUAGUCUCCAUGUUAUGUGAUAAUUUAUAGUGAGCUUAUUAUUAUUAUUAUUUUUUUUAAUUUCAUAUUGACCAACAACUUCUGCAUUAAACUGUAUUGAAAAUUUCAUGUUCUUUAAGGGGUAUGAAAUAUGUGAUUUAUAACGUAAAAUAGAGCAAUGUGUGCUAUUACCUGAACCAUAGACCAACGUAACCAGUGAUAUCUUGGAUUCUUUUCAAUGUGGAAUUUUUUGUUGCAUAUGUUUUUGUGUGCGUCUUUUGUACAAAACUUUUUGCUUGUAUCAGGCAUUUUUAGGUUAAUUUUUGCUAGGUAAUAUUUAAUUUCUUGAGUUGAUGAAUCGUUCUCUCGAUUUCAACUGUGGAAGCACAGAAAAUGUAUAUUUUUUCCUGUAUUAGCAAUACCUUUUAUGUGGUUCUUGGAAAUAACAGAACCAUGUAGGCUAAUUGCCAUUUUCCAAAACAAUUGUAAAACAAGAGGAACAUUGUUACAUUUCAUGUUAGUUUUCAUAUAUGUGUAUGUUAUGAAUGGCAUUUAUACUCAUGAAGCUGUACAGUGUAACUAAUGUCUUGUCCCUCCACUUUGUUUAAUACUGUACCAGAAUAAUUAGACCACCUUUUUGUUUCCAGUCUUAGUCUCAUAAAUUAUGUUAGGAAGCUAAUACUCAAAGGGUUGAAAGAUCAUAUGUGUCAUUAGUGAGUUUUUCGUCUUUUCAUAUUUCGAUAUAUCCUUGUUUGAUGAUGUGCAUAGACUGGUCAUCCCACUCAUGUGUUCUGUGUAGCAUUCCUUUUACCACACUACCAAAAGUUUAGAAGUAUUAUGCUUUACUUGUGCUUAGUGAUGAUGAAAGUCAUGUAAGUAGGUUUGCAGGCUUGAGCUGUCUCAUAACAUCAAAAGAUAGACAUUUGGGUGUUGCAAAGGAUUUAAGAUACUUGUAUAUUGGCACUCGUAAAUGCAAAAGAAAAUGAAGAACUAGAUGAGUAAACAGCUUUUAAUUUAUUUGUGAGAUAAUAAGUCAUCUUUGAUUUAGAUGCUCUUGAGCAAUGUAAGGUUUUCUUGUGACUUACUGUUCAACAUAGUCAUAGCAUCUUCAAUAAAACUGCUGUUAUUAUAAUUAUAUUUUUGUUGAAAUUAGUGACUCGUGCCAUUGUGUAUUUGUAUUAAAUUUGUAAGUGGCAUUUGAGAAGUGAACACGCACCUCUGUAGAGCGAGAUCCUCAUAUUACUAUUGGUAGUCAUACCUUUGGCUCCAUUCACUGCAUUUUCCUCUACACUACUUAGCAUUGCUAUUACUUGCAUUUCAGUACUUUAAAUCCUCAAAUGUUCACGCUUCUUUAAAAAAGUUCAUGUAGUGACUGCCUUGAAGAUUUAGCCCUAGGGCCUUUAUUCUUCGUGCUUGUUUUAUUUGCCAUCUUGUGAUAAUGCGCUCACUGGAAUAAAUUAUAAAAGUUGAAAA